CAAUAUACAAAAACUCUUGUCCCCACAUUUAUGAGAUAUCCCAUCUUCUCGGGGUUGGAAUGACUUGGGCAAAAUUUUCAAUAUUAUUGCACUAAAUUUACUAUGAUAUCCUUCAAUUUUUCAGUUAUGUUAGGUGACUUUUAUUUGGUAUCACCAAUCCCAUUCAUCAAUAACAAAAAGCAAAGCACCNCCCCCCCCCCCCCCCCCCCACUUUCCUCCCCUUUAUAUACUCCCCUUACCCUAGCUUCUCUUCAUCCAAAUUCAUUCAAACAGAAGAAAAAGAAAAAAACAGAGAGAUGAAGAAUCAGAAUCAUUAUUUAGGACUACUACUAUUAUUAAUGGCAAUGCCUUUAGCCAUUGAUUAUCCAAGCAAGCAGAGUUGUGUAGUAAAAGCUGCUGCUGAUCAAGGAAAUGAAGGGUUCAUAAGGGCAAGUGGGGUCCACUUCAGUGUGGAAGGGUACCCUUUCUAUGCCAAUGGGUUCAAUGCCUACUGGCUGAUGUAUGUGGCAUCUGACCCUUCCCAAAGGCACAAAGUCUCAGAGGCCUACAGAGCUGCAGCCUCCCAUGGCCUCACUGUUGCCAGAACUUGGGCUUUCAGCGAUGGUGGUUAUAGGCCUCUUCAGUCCUCUCCUGGCUCUUACAACCAAGACAUGUUCCAGGGAUUGGAUUUUGUGAUAGCAGAGGCAAGAAAGUAUGGGAUUAAGUUGAUAUUAAGCUUAGUCAAUAACUAUGAAAGCUUUGGAGGGAAGAAACAAUAUGUGAACUGGGCCAAAAACCAAGCAGGCCAGCAACUCUCAUCUGAUGAUGAUUUCUUCACUAACUCUGUAGUCAAGGGCUACUACAAGAACCACAUCCAGACUGUGCUAAACAGAAGGAACAGUGUGAGUGGAGUUGUAUACAAAAAUGACCCCACAAUCAUGGCUUGGGAGUUGAUGAAUGAGCCUAGAUGCCUAUCUGAUCCUUCUGGAAAUACCAUUCAAUCAUGGAUAAGGGAGAUGGCCUCCUAUGUGAAGUCCAUAGACAGAAAGCAUUUGUUAGAAGUUGGGCUGGAAGGGUUUUAUGGUCAAACAACACCUAAGAGGACUCAUCUAAAUCCCUUCAGCAUUGGAACUGACUUCAUUGCAAACAACCAAAUUCCUCAAAUUGAUUUUGCCACUGCUCACUCCUAUCCUGAUCAAUGGUAUACCCAACAGUAAUUCUUCUCCCUCUACCUCCUUAAAAGAAAAUCACAUUUUUUUAUUUAUUUUUUUGGCAAAGUUUAUAAGUUUUAACCCAAAUUAACAUACAAAAUAUAUCAAAAUUUGUCAUCGAAUUCAUUCUUAAAUGUCGUUUUAGAUUUUACUCCUUGCAUCCUGAUUUGCAUUGUAUGUUUGACCUUUCUUUGCCAAAUUUGACAAAUUUUAACCAAUUUUGUGGAUAAGUUAAUAGUAUUUGUACAUUCAACUAAAGCAAUAUUGAAUAUUAAUACAAAAACGUUUUCGUAAGAUUUACAAAUCAUGCAAAAGACUUUCAUGAAACUAAAUUCAUUGAACGCAUAUGCAAUACAAAUUUCAUCAUACUUCGUUCAAUUUAAUUCAAAACGUCUUAGUGGAUAAAUACUAGAGAGUAUUUAGUUGGAAAUGAAGCUUUAAAAUAUCAUACUAGGUUUAAUUAUACACCGGUGUAAAAUUGAUUUAUGUACAAAUAUAAUUAUUAACGCUCAAAAUGGAUUAAAAAUCAAAUACUUUGUAGUUAAACUAAAGGGAAAAAGAUUAAAAUAGGAGUAGAACAUUGAAAAUAUACCAAAAUAGGACUUCUAUGUUUUUAUUCCCGAAAUAGGAAUUAAAAUGCAUUUACAUUACCAUGGUCAUGUACAUUACCAAAAAAGUAAAGUAAUGUGCACGUG